GGCGGCGGGGUGAGGGUGAGGCGGGGCGGGGUGGAGUGGGGCUGUGGCCGAAGCGCCCGCGGGCGGCGGGCUGCCGCCCCGGGGCGGCGAGAGCAGGCAAGGGUCACGGGCGCAGGGCCACGGCUAGUGGUGGCGGGUGGUGGCGGUGGUGGCGGCGGCUGGUUGGCGCUUCCUCGGCGUUCUGUAUAUAGAGGCGCGACCGCCGCCGUGGCGCACAGUGCAGACAUGGCGCCGCUGACGCACUUCUGUAAUUAUCUCUGUACUCUCCACCUGCACCUGCUUCUGGGAAAGGUCGCUAGCAGCUCUGCAGGUAAACGUGCGACCGUUCCACACAAAGCCCUGGCUUCCCCGCAGAUGAUGCUGGCGCUGGCCACGUGUUUGGUGGGCGUGGCGCAGGCAGCCGCCGUGAAGAGCAAGUUGCCCAUCACCCACCCCGACCACCCGGACCGCCCGAAGCCCAUCCAGCCCGCGGAAGACUGCGACGUCAAGAGGCUGCCCUGUGUGCCCGUCUACACCGAAGAGGGCGCCAGGAGACUCGCCGAUCUGGGCAUCAUGGAACAAGUAGUGUUGGCGGUGCUGGCGCUGCUGGCGGCGGUGGCGCUGGCGGCGGAGGCCGGCGGGCCGGAGCUGUCGUACGGGCACGGCGGCGCCGAGGGCCACGAGGGCACCCCUCUGGGCCGCCCGGACGACGGGUCGCACGGGCUGCCGCUGGCCGCCGGCGGCCACUACGGCCAGUCGACCCAGACGAAGGCCUAGCUGCCCCCGCAGCCUCCCAACAUCGCGAUGCUGCUCGCGUGGAUUAAGCAAAUGAAACGGUCCAUUUUUAACUCUGGCAUUUCCAGGGAGGCCACAUUCAGAAGCCCAGCGGCGCUUGCUUGUUUUCAUAAAUUUCAAUUUUUUUAUGAAGCUUAAAGUCACUAAAUUGGUUUCGGAUAUGAUAUUUUAUUUAAACAUGGUGUCAUCCUUUACAGUGUGUGCUAGAAUUGUAGCAUCUACAGCAUCUUUGGCUAUGGGUUCAAAAAUAUUCCGGGAAAUUCUUUUCAAAAGUGAACAUUAAGAAUAUAUUUUGGACACAUUGGUUGUAUUUUAACCCUUAGUUUAAUAUAAUUUAAUACAUUACUGCUACGAAGAUUCAUCGGUCUUUUUUGACAAUAAAAAUGUAAUAUGUUUUGUCAUUAAAUACACAUGUUGAACUGAGAAA